ACACACACACACACACACACACACACACACACACACACACCAUUACUGCCGCCUGUACACUUGUGCGCAGUGUUGUUGUUGAAGCAUGCUUGUUCCCCACACCCAAACACACACACCCACACACAAAAACAUACACACAUCAUAAAAACUUGAAAAAAGGGAGUCAACAAAAUCUAUAGACUGCACCUCAGUGUUUUCCUCUUCAUCUCCUCAGCUGUUGUUGCCUGUAGCCAUACUCGAGGAGAGACACACUGCCUGCAGGAGAGGGAGAAAAGACAAGACUUCUGCUGAUCACAGAGUCUGCAGCCCCCUCAGCCUUCCCCUCUGUUCCUGCUGUUGUGUGUGUGGUGUGUGUGGAGUGUGUGUUUGAGGCAGGGAGGGAGAGAGCUGCUGUUUGUGUCUGAGACUCGGAGGAAAGAAGAGUGAGCAGAGCACAGCAGAGCACAGCAGAACCAGUCAGUCUUCUGCUUCGCCGCCGGUGUGAGCAACUCCAACCCAGUUUCUGCACAACUCUGCCGCCUUCUGAGCUGCCACCUGGACCCCGACAACAGUCCCCACAAGCAGGAAUACCUGUGUCCACUGAAGGGGUCGGUGUAGAGGAGCAUGUUGUGACGCCAUGUCUCUGGAGAUGGAAAAAACCAUCACCAAGCUGAUGUACGACUUCCAGAGGAACUCCACCUCUGAUGAUGAUUCUGGGUGUGCGCUGGAGGAGUACGCCUGGGUCCCCCCUGGCCUCAGUCCUGAGCAGGUGCAUCAGUAUUAUAAUUCACUGCCAGAAGAGAAAGUCCCCUAUAUUAACAGCCCUGGAGAGAAAUAUCGCAUCAAGCAACUGCUUCACCAGUUGCCACCGCAUGACAAUGAGGUGCGUUAUUGUAACGCGCUGGAUGAGGAGGAGAAACGAGAGCUUAAGAUCUUCAGCAACCAGAGGAAAAAGGACAACUUAGGGAGGGGUAAUGUCCGUCCUUUCCCCCUCACCAUCAGCGGAAUGAGCUGUGAAAAGUGUGGUGGUCAGAUAAACGGAGGGGAAAUUGUAGUUUUUGCUGCCAGGGCAGGGCCUGGAAAGUGUUGGCAUCCUCGCUGCUUUGUCUGCUGCACAUGUGAGGAACUGCUGGUGGAUCUUAUAUACUUCCACCAGGACGGCAAAGUCUACUGUGGCCGGCACCAUUCCGAGAGGCUGAAACCCCGCUGCUGUGCCUGUGAUGAGUUAAUCUUUGCUGAUGAAUGCACCGAGGCAGAAGGAAGGCACUGGCACAUGAAACACUUCUGCUGCUACGAAUGUGAGACCACCCUCGGCGGCCAGCGCUACAUCAUGAAGGAUGGACGGCCUCACUGCUGCAACUGCUUUGAAUCUCUUUACGCAGAAUACUGUGAUGCAUGCGGAGAGCACAUAGGUAUUGACCAAGGCCAGAUGACGUAUGAUGGACAGCACUGGCACGCAACUGAGGAAUGUUUUUGCUGUGCCCGUUGCAAAAGAUCUCUGCUGGGACGCCCCUUCCUUCCAAAGCAAGGGCAGAUCUUUUGUUCACGUUCCUGCAGUGCUGGACAGGAUCCAGAAGAGUCUGACUCAUCGGACUCUGCUUUCCAAAGUGCUCGUUCUCGUGAAUCCCGUCACAGCACCAAGAUUGGAAAGAAAGAGCGCAAGAACGUCGAGCAAGAUCGUCGGAGUGCUGAGCCCCGUCAAUCGGCUCCUCCACCCAUGCCUGACCGUCUCUCAGCUGAAAUUGACCCCCUCUCUGUUCAGAUGGACAGAUUAAGCCUUUCAUCAAGCCAGACUCCAAGCAGGACACCGAACCGCACACCCAGCCGCACUCCGAGUCGAGCCCCGAGCCUUAACCAAGUGUGGAUGAGCAGGGACGACCCUUACAUCUCUGCUUCCUAUGAGGGCCCCCAGCGGGAUCCCUCACCUUCCCCUGCCCCUAUACAUCUGAUGGGUCAGUGCAAUGCCAGGCAGGGGUACAACCCCAACACAAAUGCUCAUCCACCUGCCCAAAGUCCUGCUAACCCAGGAAAGAGGCCCGAUUCCUGGGGGAAGGAGCAGGGCAAUGCCAAGAGGACCCCUAUGGCUGCCUUGAGGGGCCACUCCUUCAAUGAAAACUGGAUGCACCACAGCCAAGAUGAGUUCAGACCUAACAAGCUCCGUACCCAGAUGAGCUUCAAUGAGAUGUCCAGCCAAAACCAAGGCUUCUCUGACAAGAGGAGCAUCAGUCUGCAUGGAUUCCAGAGAGAUGGACGACCCCCACUGACGAGGAGGAACCACAUCACUGCCAUGAGCUUUAAUGAGCCCCUCACUCCUCUAGAACAAACCCCUCGUGGAUCCAUGGACUCUCUCACCAUGUCCAAUGCUACAGGUAACUCUUUGGAUGGUGUCAGUAAGCGUCAGGAGCAUCUGUCAAGGUUCUCCAUGCCUGACCUGAGCAAGGACUCAGGGGUAAUUGUGUCUGAAAAGAGCAACAUGGGCACCCUCAGCUCUUCAGUUCAGUUCCACAGCACAGAGUCUCUAUCCUCCUCUCGCCCUUACAACAACAACAUGUAUGCUCCACUGAGAGUCGGAUACCCACUGCAGUACUGGGAUGGCCCGCAGGAUCUAGGUUUCGAUGGCAAGGGUCGUGCUGGGGUGAUGGGAAGCAGCGGAAACUUGCGGAUGGCUCCCAUGAGUGACCGAAUGCCCCGUCGACGCAUAAAUGGUCAGGAAUCAGUGUCCCAACAACAGCAGCCCCAACCAAGGCACCGCAAACACCACCGUGGAACCAAUGGCAAUGGUCAUCGCAGCAGUCGCCACCACAAACGCUCUCGCCGUUCUCGCUCUGACAAUGCCUUACAUCUUGUGGCAGACCGUCCUACUCAAAUGGUAGAGCUUCCAUACCGCCGCGUUCAAGAGGAUUAUGAUCGCUUCCCUUCUGGUCAAGCCGCUCGAGAGUUGUACGGCCUGGAUCCAGGCGGGUACAGACAGCAGUCCCACCGGCCUUGCCCACGCACCACCUCUGAUCUCACAUUGCAGAAUGCUGGCUGGCAACCUGUAGGACUGGGUGGGCCUUGCUGGGGUGAUGGGUACAUGGAAGGUCCUGACCCAUGGUGUUCCAGCUGCUCCUCUUCCUCUGAGUCUGAGCAGGAUGAGCAGUAUUUCCUUAGUGACCCAAUCCCUCGGCCCGUGCAGCUGUGCUACAUCAACAAUGACGAUCUGCGCCAUCGUUACAGCCCAUCUGGGAUGGGUGCCCAUCAUGGACCUCUGCAUGGACCGAUUCAUGGCCAGCUGCACACCCGCCAGAGGAGGAAGAGCAAAAACUGUAUAAUUUCCUAGAUUUAGAGCACGGAAAUAAGGAUGGAUGAUGAGGGUGAGAGAGAAAGGUAAGAAGACAGAAGAAAGUGUUAGGAGGAAGGAAUAGGAGUGGGAAGGUGAGAGUGUGAGUGAUUAGUGUGUGUGUGUGUGUGUGUGUGUGUGUGUGUGUGUGUGUGUGUGUGUGUGUG